AUGCUCGGGGGUCAUACCCUAGUUUACCUCGACUUGACAAAAUCCGCAUGCGGUUGUCUUCCUUUGGGCUUGUCAAUCAGCAACUACGGCAUUACCGCCGACCCGGAAGACGAAGAACAUCCUUUUGAUCAGUUCUAUGGAGUCAAGAAUGUUGUUUUGAAGCGAGGCAGACCUUUGCAGUUGAGGGUACCUGGAGGCCAGACGCAGUCGCCAAUUCAAGGAGCCGAGUUCACCACCGCUUACGACGACAUUCUAUUCGCAUCUGUACGAACAGUAGCGAAAGUCAGCAAUGUGGCAGGAACAUGCCAUGGCUUCUUCUUCUACAAAUCCGACACCCAAGAAAUCGACAUAGAGAUCCGCACAUCCUUCCCCACCACCCUCUUCCUCACAAACCAAAAAUUCUCACCCAAAGCCCUAACCUCAACCUUUGACACCAAAUCACCCCUUGACAUGACUUCCGACUUCCACGAAUACAGAUUCGACUGGUUGAAAGGUGUCACCAAGCUCUAUGUGGAUGGCAAAUUCGUGGGGUCGUUGAGGAAGAAUGUGCCGACGAUGCCUGGGUCGAUGGUUUGGAAUAACUGGGCGAAUGGGGGCAGUUGGAGUGGUGGGCCGCCGGAGAGGGAUAGUGUGCUUGAGACCAGGUCGAUUGAGAUGUACUAUAAUAGGACUAGUGUUAUUGGUGUUAAUUGUAAGUAG